AUGAGCUUUGUUGCGCAAUAUGCGGCGCAAUCUGGCGAAACCAUCAGAAAGCUCGUCAUCGCGCCUGUAGACAUUGGCGGCUUGCAGCUCGUUGCACUUGGCACGGAUUCCUCCGUCGAGCUCGUCUGGAUUGCAACGGCCACAUACGAUAUCAAGCAGGCUCAUACAUUUUUCCUGGGCAACGAUGUCACCGUCACUGCACUCGACUGGUCCGCGAGGACUCGUGAGCUCUCGCGUGAAGGCACGUCGACUGCAGUCUAUGUCGAGCUUCUCGUUGCGACAGCCAAACGGGAGCUGUGGCAGCUCAGCGGCACCAUACACUUGGACGAGACAGCUUCUGGCUGCGAAAGCCUGCUUGUCGCGCGCGGCCGUUCGUCACAUCGUGGUCAGAUAACAAGCGUGUCUUUUUGCCGCGGCAAAGGCUACGAGGGUGUCGCGGCAACAGCUUCAGACGAUGGAGCUAUUCUCAUCUGGAACCUAGACUCGACUGCCGAUCCGCUCGACGAUGAGAUCAGCGACGUCUCAACAGCAGCAUCGAACAACGUCAGACGACCCACUUGCUCAACAAUUACGUUGCCGCACGGUGUCCUAUCUGUGGCUUUCCAUCCCGCGCAAUUCGGCACGCUCAUGGCGUUUGAUGUCACGGGCUCCAUGCGCCUCAUCGCCUGGACCGCACCAAAUCGACCGACUCUGAUGACACUCACCGAUCCUCGAUCAGCAAGUGACUAUCGCCAAGGCAUGUCUAGCAAGCGUGGAGCUGCGGACUGGAAAAUAUCGCCCGUCACCGCCUUUGGUGCCCUAAUAGGCGACAGAUGCAUCUUCUGGGACCUCGCCAACGAUUGCAACGGAAGACCGCUCCAGACUGUCAGUGCUUUUACAGAGUCAGGCGACAUCUUUCGAUGGUCCAGUUCGGAUUGGUUUGCGAUUGCUACGAGCGCAUCAAACCCCUCGAGUGCGCCUAUCCGUAUCAUCGAUAGCGCCUAUCCGCAGCGACCUUUCGAGAUCGGUCUGCCUCGGCGGGCGACUGUGCACGAUCUCGCUUGGUUCACACAUGACGAUAUACUGGCGAUUGCUGCUGGCUCACAGAUGCUUGUCUGCUUGCCGAGCCAUGCUGCCGGCUAUUGA